AAACUAGCUGAUUGUGAAGAAAGUUUGAGAGAAGUGAAAAGUGCGAAUGAGCUUCUGCUAAGCCGUCAAUUUUCCUUAGAGAAAAUAAUGGAUGAUAACUCAGCCAUCUUUUUUUACACAGGGUUUCCAUCGUAUGAGGCACCGAUAAGUUUUUUUAAAUAUAUUGAGCCAAAAUUAGAAAAGAUGAAGUACUGGAAGGGAGAGCGCCUUGUGAAAGGGAGUCAGCCUUAUCAAGAGGAUGAAAAUCGCAAAAAAACCAGGACCCUCUAGGAAAGUAUCAUUUCUAGAUGAAUUUCUGUUAGUACUGAUGCGGCUGAAGGCUGGCUUAUUUGUACAGGACCUCUCAGACAGAUUUGGUGUAAGCAUCAGCCUUGUGUCAAGGAUUUGUAUUACGUGGAUUAAUUUAUUGUACUAUGAACUCUUUUCCCUU